AGGCAAUAAGGAGAUCCUGCGAGAAGGACAUCUUGUCUAAGAUGAAGAAAUUAAGGGUUAACUGCUAUUGUAAUCUGCUAGAAGUGGUUAAGACGAUUAAAAUGUACUUGAGCGCAGAAGAAAUUACAAAGUUUAGGGGAGCUGUGUUUGGAUGGAUAUUGGAUGUGGAGUCUAUAUCUUGGGUAAGUGGUCAGUUGUUGUUGGGGCUUAUUGGGAACCAUGUUGAGGAGGUCAAUCACAUAAUAGAGACUGAGAAGAUCACAUUUAACAUUAGAAAUAGUUUGAUAUCAUUUACAAAAGAAGACUUUGCUCUGGUGACAUCUUUUAGGAUGGAUGGGGCUAAAAAAAAUAAAAGAUGGUGUGCAGGGGAUUUGUGGAAGAGAUAUUUCAAUGGGAAGAGCUAUGUGUCUCGACAAAACAUCACAGAUGCUUUUACUCGAUACAACUGCAACAAUGAGGGAACUGUGGAGCAUGAUGGUGUUAAAUUAGGUCUACUGUAUAUGCUGGGGCAUGGACUAUUUGGGAACCAAAAUAAAGUAGCACUGCCUUCUUACUAUGUCAAUCUGGUGGAUGAUCUGGAAGUUUUUUACAGCUAUCCAUGGGGAAGAGAUAUAUGGGAUGAUUUGGUAAACUAUGCAGGCAAAAGUGUUGAGCUACUGUCAACCAGUAAGUCUGAUCGUGUAACCUUUCCUGGAUUUAUGUUUGCUAUGCAAAUAUGGGCAUUUGAAAUGCUGUCAGGACUGAGUAAAGCUGGGAUCUGCAUGUUGAAAAAAGAUCAAGAUACUGUUAUUCUUCACACACUCAAAUGGGUUUUUACUAAAAAACCAAAUAUGGAUCUACUGUGCAAGUUGAUAUUCUAUAACAAUGAGUUUGAGUAUAAACCAAUGGAAGUAACAACUCAAGAUAUGGAAAUACCGCAGUUGGCAAUGCUGUUUCAGAACUUCAAAAGAGAACGUUGGCAGUUUGAUGGGGGAAUGGACUGCAGUGAAGAGAUAGAAAUGGAAGACGAUGAUAAAGAUGCUGAAUGCAAUGAUAAACAGGCUGAAAAGGGAAGUGCAAAGGUGGAUAAAAAGAAGUCAAUGUCUCAAAAGGGUGUUGUUGUUAAAAAUGUGAGUUAUGGAUCAAAGAAACUGAAAAAGCAGUGCACUAAUGAAAAGAAAGAUGAUGAUGAAGAUGAUUCAUUACUGACAAGCCUUGUUAAGAAGACUGAUAUCAUGAUGGCAGAUAUGGCAAGGAUUAAGAUUAUCCAGAGAAAUCAUGGGUCAUUAUUGAGAAGAAUAUUGAAAAGGUUGGAAGGUAAACAAGUGAUGACAGAUCAAGGUAAGGAAGUAAGCGAAGGUGGGAACAUUGAAAUCAAAGAUAAUGGCACUGAAAAGGAUGCAAAGAAGGGGAAUGAUAAAGAGACAGAGCAGGAGGUUGAUGAUGUUGAGGAAUUGGUGAAGAAUGAUGAAAAGGAAGCAAUGGCAAAGGAAGAUGGUGAAAAAGAGAAGGAGAAUACUGAAGUGUCUCAGAAUGAGAUAGAUUCUCAAAGACCAUCCUUCAACAUAUUUGGUUUUUCUUCACAGGAAGAACAGAAUAUAAAAAACACUGACGAUGAAGGAUUAGAAGACUUGAAUGAUGCCCGUGACAGCACUAUUAAAGAGAGAGUUGUUCAUGACACAAAUGAGAAGGUGCAUGUUGACAAUGGUACUGGAGAACAGAAUUGGGAAAAGUUGAAUGACGAUGACACCGAUUUUGAUGCGGAUGAGCUGCUCAAAGUGGAUGAACUGGUUAUCAAAACCAUUCAAAAGAGCAAAGAGAAGUCAACAGAAACAACCAUUGAGGAAUCCCACAAUGGAAAUGGAAGAGGUUGAAAGGAAACUAGAAACAAAUUCAAAUAAUAAAGAAGUCAGUGCUACCAAUGAGGUUGAAGCUAGGGCUUGCUACCUGCACCUUUCCGCGGGUGACAUCAAAUCAAGGAAGACGUGGUUCGUGCUUCCUCGUUUUCUUUCAAAUUACCAAACAUUGCUCAUGGAUACUUUUAUUCGUUAUAAACUACUUUUGGGCUUGCAUGCCCAUGUUAUUGGCCGAAUGUGGCCUAUGAAUUACCGC